GCCCUAGCAGUUUUUAGAGCCUGUCUAUAGCUGAACGUCACACUGGUUAAGAACGUUUGGAAAAAGCCGUAAAUGUAAAUGAAACUUAUUCCUACUUUUUGUGUGUAGAUUACAGUAUGUCAUGUCUUCUACUGUGUCAGUCUACCUCACCACAGACCUUAAGUUUCUAUUUCCACUGAAUGUUUGUCUGGGAGGGGACAGAACACAUGAUAUAAAGGCAGUGUUGGUUGACAGAUGACAGACACCAUUCACCUGACGAACCAUUCAAAUGGCCACCUGAUCCACACAUUGAAAAAUGGCAAAUGCAAAUCCAGAGCAACCUGAAGAGUUUAACAUUCAAGAAAGAUGGAAUCUACGUGGAAUAAAGGAGAAGUUCAUCACUGGGCAGCAUUUUGACAUCCGACAAAGAACGAAUUCACGUGGAAUAAGGGAGAACUACAUCACUGGGCAGCAUGUGAGUUUAAAGAGACUGAGAGAGCGAAUGCAGAUGGUAAUCCCUCAGGAUCGCAUGAUGACGUACAUAAUGAAGGAGAUCCCACCCUACCCAACUCCAGUUGUAUUUUGGGUUUCAGAUGUAGCCCAUGUUACUGAUCAGACAGGAUUCAGGGGGAUAAUGGAGUCUGAUCAGUUCAGACCUCCUAAUAUUGAGUUCUUAUGGUGGGACUUAAAAAUUAAAGAAGAGGAGAUAAGAGCAGCAGAGACAGGCUACAUGAAGACUAAUUUUCUAAAACAAGCACUAGAGUUAGAACAGAAGCCGUUCCUGGAGAAGUUCAUUACAUCACCUAUCUUUCAACUAGAGAAAUCCUGCUACGGCAAUUAUCGCUUCACGUUUCCCCUCACUGAUCUGAUGAAGUGGUACAAAGAACAGAACUGUGGGGGAGAAGAGCCGGUUCUCAGGAUGUACGAGACCAACACUUACAAAAAGGAGAUUGAGUACACUGUGCUGAUUCACAGUCCUGAGGAUAACAAGCGUUUUAGAGAAUAUCCACUUAUUGAAGCGAGUGAGUGGGUUCGUUAUCAGGAUGGGAAGAUCAUCUGGAAAGCACAAGCCAUUUGUAAAAACCACUGCUAUCAAUUUGUUUCAGGAGAAGUACAAAGUCCGAUUCCUCAUGUGUCUUAUGUCUGGGAUCAGGUUAGUUUAGUUUUUCACCUACCAAAACCUAAAGCCCUGAAAAUCCCCACAGAACGACUUAAAGAAGCUAUCGAGGAAUGUGAAUUUGAUUGGAACAGAGGUCUCUUAAAGGAAAAAGGUUGGAAUGCUGAAUGGAAGCAAAGGAGAAAGUGAUUAAAUUGAAAAGAGAGUUGAAAGAGGAGAAGAAAGAAGAAAAGGAUGAAGAUCAAGAGGAUGAAGAUGAAGCAAAACAGUGAAAUGUAUUCAUGGGUAAUAUUUUGUAGAACUUUAUUAAAUUAUUAUUUAUUAAAAUAUAUAUAUAUAAACUUUAUUUAUUAAAAUAUAUUUUAAAUUAUUUUAAAUAAGGAUAUUUAAUAUUAAUUAAGAAUAUUACAUGUUUUUAUCUAACUUCUAUAAAUUGUGAAAAGAUUACACUAUUUUAGUGCUUCUAUUCGUUUUAAUUCCUAAAAAUGAAAAUCCUUUGAAAAUAUUCACAUUAUUAUUAAUUUCUCUGAUUGUUGAUCUUGAUCUUAACUUUUUUGAUGAUGUAAUCUAUGUAAAUCAAAGCAGGAGAACAAUAAAAAAAAAGGCAUUUAAGAUCAUGACCAGUCUCAGUGAGUUGCUGUAUUUCUGUAACUUUUACACAGACCUUUAAGGAUUUUGUUCCAAUUACCUGAAAGACUCCACAUCUGUCUCUACAUUUAUAACAUGAUUUACUUAUGAAAAACAACAUUAUUGAUAGUUUUAAGUUUACAGAAUUGAAUGAUUUUUUUCACUCCGAUUAUUAGUGUGACGAACUUUACGGUGCAAACAAACCAAGACCUCCUUAUUUGCACACUGAAUCACCACUCAGGCAGGGUCUGAUCCUGCCCACUGCCUCAUGGGUGCCAACACUGCAGUACCUGAAGUCAACCUACCCAACACACUAGAAUCAGGUGGAUUCAGCCAAGAAAGUGCAUCAGCGUUGCAAUUACUCUUACCAGAAUGAUACUGAAAAUCAAAAUCAACUGCAGAGAGCUGGGUGGCCCACCGUUGCUCAGCAGCAGCAAGCUUGGCAGACAUAAGAUGGCUCAGAGGGUUGUUGUCUCUAAACACAAUGUAUUUGUUACCCAAGAGGUACUCACGAAACGUCUCGGUCAUUGCCCACUUAAGUGCCAAAAACUCCAACUUCAUGGAACUAGAGUUGGACAUAUUGCGCUCCGUGGGCUUAAGACUAUGACUUGCAUAAGCCACUGGGAUCACCUUACAUUGCUGUUCUUGUGAGAGGACAGCCCCCAAACCUUGGUGGCUAGCAUUUACCUCCAGGAAAAAAAAGCUUGGAGAAAUCAGCCUACACUAAUACUGGAGUAGUGGUACCUGUAAGUCUUUGCUUCAACCCAGCAAAGAUCUCCUAAAAUAUCUUCAUGAAAACUUUGGCCCAACUUUUUCCUAAGCUUGUUCAGACCACCUGCAAACUCCCCAACCAGCCAUACAACA